AUGACUGCCAUUGAGAGCUUUGACAGCAUCUAUCUCGACCUUUCCAAGGAGAGCGGCCGAUGCCGAUUCGCAGAGACUGGCUUCGGCUGGAAGCCAAACGGCGGUGGCGACACUUUUACGCUCGAUCACAACAACAUUAGCAGCGCGCAAUGGAGCAAGGUCGCCAAGGGCUACGAAAUUCGCAUUCUCCAGCGCAAUUCGGGCAUUCUCCAGCUCGACGGCUUCCAGCAGGAGGACUAUGAUCGCCUCAGCAAGGUCUUCAAGAACUGGUACAGCACCGUCCUCGAGAACAAGGAGCACGCCCUGCGCGGCUGGAACUGGGGCAAGGCCGAGUUCUCCAAAGCCGAAAUCACCUUUAACGUCCAGAACCGGCCGGCGUUUGAGCUUCCAUAUGCCGAGAUUGGCAACACCAACCUGGCUGGUCGCAAUGAAGUCGCCGUGGAGAUGUCGCUGCCCCAGGAUGGCAACGACACUGCGACGGCCAACGGAAAGGGUAAAAAGGCCGCGGCCGGCAAGGAUCAGCUCGUCGAGAUGCGCUUCUACGUCCCCGGCACCACCACCAAGAAGGAGGCCGAUGGCGAGGACGGCGAGGGCAGUGACGGGGAGCAAGAGCAGGAGAAGAAUGCCGCUACGCUAUUCUACGAAACGCUAAUGGAAAAGGCAGAGAUUGGUGAAAUGGCUGGUGAUACCAUUGCCACCUUUCUGGAUGUGCUGCAUCUUACGCCCAGAGGCCGUUUCGAUAUCGACAUGUACGAGGCAUCGUUUCGACUCCGCGGUAAAACAUACGACUACAAGAUCCAAUACGACGCCAUCAAGAAAUUCAUGGUUCUUCCCAAGCCCGACGAGAUGCACUGCAUGCUGUGUAUCGGUCUCGACCCGCCUCUGCGCCAGGGUCAAACGAGAUACCCUUUCGUUGUCAUGCAGUUCAAAAAGGACGAAGAAGUCACAAUCGACCUGAACCUCGACGAGGCUACGCUCGAGAGCAAGUACAAGGACAAGCUCGACGCCCACUACGAGGAGCCUCUGCACCACGUCGUGGCCAAGAUUUUCCGCGGUCUCGCCAACAAGAAGAUUUCGUCUCCUGCCAAGGACUUUAUCACCCACCGCAGCCAGUACGGCAUCAAGUGCUCCAUCAAGGCCAGCGAAGGCUUCCUGUACUGCCUGGAAAAGGCAUUCAUGUUCGUGCCCAAGCCGGCCACGUACAUUGCCUACGAGCAGACGCAAUCCAUUACCUUUUCGCGCGUUGGCGGCGCCGUGUCCACGCUGUCGACAUUUGACAUUACCGUCGCCAUGAAGGGCGGCGCCGGCUCGUCGCAAUUUAGCAACAUUAACCGUGAGGACCUAAAGGCGCUCGAGACCUUUUUCAAGCUCAAAGGCCUGCGCGUCAAGAACGAGAUUGACGAGGACGCCAACCUGCUCGCCGCCGCCCUGCGCGAGCAGGCCAUGGACGACUCCGAGGACGAGGUGGUCAAGGGCGCCGCCGCCGACCGCGGCUCCGCGGAUGAGGACGAGGAGAGCGUCGACGAGGACUUUCACGCAGAGACCGAAAGCGACAUCAGCGACCCCGAGGCGAGCGACGAGAGCGAGGCCGGCUCGGGCAGCGACGCGGGCGAGAGCGAUGUGGACGACGAGGACAUGGACGACGGUGACGACGAGGAGCGGCCCAAGAAGAAGAAGAAGACAGCUUAG